AUGAUACUCAGUAUCAUUAAGUGCUUUAUUUGGGCUCUGCUGCUGCCUUCCUCUGGAGUUUUGUACAUUAAACCACUAAUUGUUGUAAUAUAUGGCACACACGGAAUAUCCUUAUCGCAAAUAUCACUAAUUUCAAACAAUAGUAUAAGAAAUAGAAAUGGAACACAAACAGAGUUUAAAAGAAUAUUAUGGAAAAAUGAAUUGGGACCGAGACCAUACACAUUCAUAAAUAAAUUCGCAAACGCAAACUAUAAAAAUGUGUUUAAGUUAGAGGCAGCAAAGAAGAAGACAACGACGACUAAAAAAACAACAACAACAAAGAGCGGAAGUAAAACCGGAAAAAAGACGGCAACGUCGAAAAACACACCGAAGAAGAAAGUAAAAAAAAUGUCAAAAUCACAACUAGGUGCAAUGAAAGCAAAAGCAAAGGCGCCGAAAAAGAAAGAAAAAAAAAUACAAAUAUUCGGAAGGUCGAAGGUGACACUGGAAGAGGAGGAUAAGGAGGAGAUACAGAAGGAGUACGAAAGGAGAAUCGCAGUAACAGAUACAGCAUCGUACGUGGAGAAGAUGGGAAUGGAAAUGUUCCAAGACCUGUCGAAACCAUACAUGGCGCUGUUCGACGCGGAGAAGAUAACAAAGGAGGACUUGCUCGGAUUUGACAUGCCGUACGGACUGGUUCCCAGAGAAAGGUAUGAGCUUUGGAAGCUGUGCGGAAGAGUAAGUGAUCCGUGUGCCCCGUUCAGCUCACAGUCACUGACGACGAAAAUGUUUAACCAAAGAUUAUUCGGAAAAGAAUAUGAGAUAUCGAGAGACGACUUCAACUAUAAAAUUGAAUAUAAAAUGAAGUUCUACGUCCCAGGAUACGGAGAUAUUUUCUUUAUGGACAAAAUAAGGUGCUGGCGAGCAUGGUACUUGGUUCGAGAUUGUAAAUAUGGGCCAGAAGAUAUGCCGACAUAUUCAACAAUAUAUCCAAUUGCAAGACCAGCAGAUAAUGUGCCGCUGAGUCACGUAAUGCUAUCAGUCAACUCGGAGAUUAAUAGACAGGGGGUGCACCCAGCAGUGUUAGAUAUGUUCUGGAAUUUCUUUACAGACGAUCCUAAAGUGCUCACGAGGGACUUAGUGACAUAUAAGUUGAACUGGAUAAGAGAAAGACUGACUAAUGUUGAUCCACAAGAAGGAAUAUCGCCAGACCACUUCUACAGAGUGUUCUACGAACCGUGUAAAAAGGCAAUAGAAAACUUCGACAAGGAGGAGUUCCUGAGGAAGCAGCACGCAAGUCUACAUGAAAUAUCGACGCAUAAGAUGCUGAUGAUGAAUAAUAAGGCCCUGAGAGUGAGGAAUAGGAUUCUGAAGGAGGCGUACAACGAUGAGUUGAAGCAGCUGUACAAGACAGCAGUGCCAAGAAGUUACACGAGAUACGAGAGGAGCAGGCUGGCAGGAUACUACAACAUGCUCAACCACAUGUACCAGAUCAGAGAGAGGAAGAAGCUGAUGCCGCCGAAACCGAAGCCACCGACACUGGAGGAGCUGGGAAUGACUAAAGCAGAAAUACUGCUACACAGAGAAAUCGAAAGGUCGACCCUGGAAGAAAAGAGAAAGGAGCAGAUGAAACGAAGAAAGGCAAGAAGGUCGAAGAAGAAGAAGUAG